AUGUUCGAUGCAGUGCAAUUACGCACCCUGUGGCUUCGACCACUUCCCACGUCUGUCUGUGUCGCGGCUAGUGUGCGCUUCGCGGUCAAGCUCGCCCUCUGGUUCGCAGAAGCACAGAACAAGUUCACAUGGCUGAGAGAAGAUUACCGGUCCCAGGCUCCAGAGACUCUCAGCGGCGUGUACGCGAGGAGAGUCUUCUGGUGGUUGAACGGGCUGAUGAAGAGAGGGUAUAAAGCGACGUUCCGGCCGAUGGACUUGAUGGCUAUCAAGAGGAGUUUGGGUCGAAGCCUGCUCGAAGCCCUUCAAUCUGGUAAAGACAAAGGCGGUUUGCUAAGCGCCUGUCUUCGAGCGUUCAAGCUGGACGUGGCAUAUUUGGUGGUCCCUAGAACGAUCAUGCUAACACUGAGCUACACGCUACCAUUCCUCUUCCAGGCUAUUAUCGGUCAUCUUGAUAUGCCAUUCGACAACCGCAAUCCGAGUAAUGGGUAUCUUCUCAUCACUGCGACUGGUCUUUUGUACCUUUCACUGGCCAUUAGCAAGACGUACUACCAGCAUAAAACAUAUCAGCUUGUUACCAAGAUCCGCGGCGCUCUGGCCCUCCUCAAUCGCUUACCUGUCGUCGACGGAUACCAUGUAAAGAAACCAGAUGAACGGAUCGUAUACUGCGCCCAGAAGCCGUGGCUUCCCAGCGGUACAAUUCGAGAUGCCAUAAUUGGUGGAUCGCAGCCCGAUGGAAAAUGGUACAUCAAAGUUUUGAUGCUUGCGCACUUCAUGAAGACUUCAAAACUCUAA